ACGGAUAACCUAAUUUUGUAAUUUGGAGUAAACUUGCGUAAUACGACAAUCAUCAGCCAGAUCAAGUGACGAUGACGGAUUCGAUGAUCCGAGCAGUAGUAGAAGCCAUUCAUUCCGCUCCCACUCAGGCCGUCCUCUACUUCUCCGGCGGUGCUUCUCAGGCGUUAGGUUGGUUAACAUCAGUUCCUGGAGCUUCAAACACGCUUCUAGAAGUUAUCGUUCCCUAUUCUCGGAUGUCCAUGAUCCAAUUGCUCGGCAAGCAGGUGCCUGUUCAAUUCACUAGCAAGGAAACUGCUGAAGACAUGGCAUUAGUGGCUUAUAAUAGGGCUCUAAAGCUCUCCAAACCAGGUUCUCCAGUAGUCGGUGUGGGAUUUACGGGUUCUUUGGUUACCACACAUCCAAAACUUGGGGAUCACAGGUUUUACUUGUCAACACGGACUUCUAACCGUCUAUGGUCUUCGUCAGUAACUUUGUCAAAGGGUUUGAGAAGUCGCGAACAAGAAGAGCUAGUAUCAAGCCAAGUUUUACUCAAGGCAAUUGCAGAUGCUUGCAACAUCUCAAGAUCAACAACAUUUGUAUCAGAUUUAACUGAACAUGAAGUUCCUGCUGAACGAGAGCAGUGUUUUGACGAAGACCAGGAACUAGAACAACUAAUAGACGGGAAAAUAUGCUUCAAAAUUUUUCCAUUUUCAAGUGGGACACAAAUUUCAAGUGGAGAAAGGAAAGUAAUUCUUUCCGGCUCGUUUAACCCUUUACACGAUGGUCACCUUAAGCUGUUGGAAGUUGCAACGAGUCUCUGUAGUGACGGGUAUCCAUGCUUUGAGUUAUCAGCCAUAAAUGCAGACAAACCUCCAUUGACUGUUGCACAGAUUAAAGACCGUGUUAAACAAUUUGAAAAAGCUGGAAAGACGGUUAUUAUAUCAAACCAACCGUAUUUCUACAAAAAAGCCGAGCUUUUUCCUGGCAGUGCUUUUGUAAUCGGUGCUGAUACUGCUGCAAGGCUUAUAAAUCCCAAGUACUAUGGUGGCAGCUAUGAGAACAUGAUAGAGACACUCCUAGGAUGUAAAAGAACAGGAUCCACUUUCCUCGUAGGUGGUAGGAACAUGGAUGGUGUUUUUAAGGUUUUGGAUGAUUUUGACAUCCCUGAUGAGUUGAAAGACAUGUUUAUCUCGAUACCUGUAAAUAAGUUCCGAAUGGACAUUUCAUCAACUGAAAUAAGGAAAAGCCGAGGAUAACAAGUGCGCUAAUCCGGGUUUACUUUGCUACCUUUACUGAAGAAUCUUUCUCUGUUGUUUAAUACUAAAUUAUUACUAGUGUAAUCAAAAUUAUGUCACAAGAUGCAAAUAAAGGUUUUUACUUCAUUUUCUAUGGUUAA